AUGGCAGGUCGAAUUGCAGCUUCCGAGACCGAGGUCUUCAAGGUCGUUGGGAUCAUGAACAACCAGCCGGACGUGUUGGUCGCCAUCGUCAAGGCGCACCUCCCCGAUGACCCCAAGACGAAGGGCCACCUCGGCGACCUGUACAUCAUGGACGUCGACAAGGAUGGCACCUACUUCCGAGUUUGUCUGCGUCCCCCUCCAUCCCGCGAAGAGAUCGUGGUAAAGGUCCCCCUCGAUCCGCCCGUGAAGGACGGGUGGGCCCCAUCGCAUCCUACCAUUGAUUACUUCAAAACACCGCCUAUGUUCCCGUUCACGCUGCCGCUGUUCGCCGCGCUCGUUUGCCUGCUUAUUCUUUACUUUGGGGAGGGGAAGAACCAAAUGAUCGACGACGCGCGGCAGUGGAUCGGGGUGCGCGCGGGGUUCUCAACUAUUACGUGGUGCACUUAUUUUGCAGCGGCCAUGCACCUCGCGGCCGAGCCAGCGCUCCUGAUCUGGAUGACUGGUCGGCACCACGUCCCCAUCGGUCCGCGUCUCAAGUGGCUCGCUUGGAACGUCGUCGUUGGGUGGGGCGCGAUCGACGAGUUCUUCGAGUGCACCCUGUACGAAAAGGUGCGGCACGUGUACAAGCAGACGGACGUGGGCGACAUUGGGCCGUACAUCAAGACCGCCGUGUCGGAGGAGAAGAAGACGCAGUAA